AUGUCAUCUUCAUUAAACUGUCUGGUACUAGGAAAAGCUUCUGCUAAUAUUUUUCGUAUGCGCUUUAGUGAUCUUGUUCCUAUCGGUGGUUUGUAUGUAAGACUUAAAGAUUUAACCGUUGCAGACUUCAAGGAUGCUCUAUCUGAAAAAGAGCAAACCAAAGGAAUAACUGAAAUGAAUAUCUGGAAAGUAGAACUCGGCUUUCAUGAAAUUAAUAACUUUUCUAACGAAGAUACUAUUAAAAAUCAUGACAAGAGCGAGAAGCUUGAUGAUAAUCCUAUGCUGAAUUUUAAUACAUAUUAUAGUAAUGCUGACGACGCUGACGACGACAAAAAACCUAAGGACGGGUAUCUUCAUAUUUUCAUAGUCCCCAACUCCACUGAUCAGAAUAAGAGAAAGUUCACGGAAGAAAUCCAAGAUGUCAGUGCUCAAGUUCUUGGUGCUUUUAAUAAAAGACCUAAGGUGACGCUUCCUGAAAUUAACGAACUUCCUGAUUUCCUUGAACAGCCUCUCUCAGACAAUAUGAAGAUACCUAUCCUCCGACAUGAAUAUAAUAGUUAUUUGAUUCAAAGUAUGGAAGAUUCGUGCACACCAGAAGAUCUCAAUAUCUUAUUCCGGAUUAGCGAUACUGAGAGUGCUUACGAAUUCAUUACUAAGACGCUUGGCUCUCCAAUUCGGAAUAAUCCACCUUCACGCGAGGGGACUAAGUAUUCUUUCGUCCAUUUUUGGGACAACAAUAUCAGAUCCCUUCUGGAAAUCCUUAUUUCCAAUGGUACUACUAUCCGUAAUUCUUCUCAGCAUACGAGCACCCCUGGCAAACGGCCAGAUUUUGGUUUUAUCCUCGGUCAUGUUUGUCCGUUUAGAGGGGAGGAGAAUUCACUCAUCAAUAAUGAAGAUCCGAGAAACGAACUUAUUGACAAACUUACUUGGAUCUACGAUCCAGCUCCGUAUAUUUUAGACGUAACAUUCGUUGCCAUUUCCCCGCCUUUGUCUACUGGUAACAAACCAAGGAUUUCUACCAUUGUGAAUUCAAACUUAAGUCUGAGGAAGGAUCGUAUCAUUAAUCUGCGACGAAUGAUUAAUCUAAGUAUUCUAAUCAAGUCACUUCAAGACGUGAUCGGAUGGCGUGAAUCACCUGAGUUCAUUCAAAUUGUUAGAGAUAAACAGACAAUCGAGGUGUACGGCACGAACAUUAAAAAGACCUACAAAAUUCCUGAGGAAUUGGAUUGGCGUGUUGAAAAACUCAAGAAUGUUUACAACAUACUGACAGAGAAAAGUGUCCCAAAUGUUGAUCGACUUAUUUGUGCUAAUAAUGAAAAUGGAGUGGUGUAUCUGGGGCCAAAAGGAAUGAGUGUAAAGCCAAAUAGUCCGAAGGAAUUCUUUGAAGCUAUUCUCUGUGUGCUCGAGGCUUUGGUGAUUAUGCAUGGUGGCGACAAUCCAAUUUUCCAUCAAGACAUCCGGUGGCCCAACAUUAUAAAAUUGUCUGGUGAACCACCGAAAUGGAUCCUUAUAGAUUGGGACGAUGCUGAUCGUCCACAAACUAGACCAGCAAACCAUCUCGAAAAAACCAAUCAUGCGCCAGAAGUUUUUUUACAAGGUCACGGUGGAGAAGUAGACAUAUGGAGCAUAGGAAAACUAAUAACCGAUGCAGACCAUUUUAUCAUGGGUCUUCCACAAAGUAUUAUUGAUAUUGGGGUACAAAUGCAAAGUGAUGAUAGACCAAAUGCUCUUAAUGCCUUGGAAACUUGGAGGUCUUUGUCAAAUAGCAAUAUUUUUUAA